AUGUCCACUACUCUAAAGGACAUCAAACAGAAUUAUUAGGCUAUGGAAUCUCAGAUAGUUGAAAUGACUAAAAAGCAGAGAUAAGAUCAAUUAGAUAAGCACAAGACUGUAUUGGCCUAAAUUGAUGCGCUAAAGCAAUUCCUCAAGAGUGAGGUUGCCAACCGAAAAGAGACAGAAUAGCAUUUUAACUAGACUAUUGAGGCAAGAGUUGCAUAGAUAACUGAGUAAUUCAAUAUCACUUAUCUCAACCAACUAUAUGAAAUGAAAGACUAAAUUGGGAAAUUUGAAACCAGACAAUAGAGAAUGGAAAUGAAGUCUAAAGAAAUCAAGCAUCUGAUAGACACUCAGCUGCAGAAAUAAAAAUAAGAAUUCCACUAGGCUUAUGAAACUUAAAAAGAUAAUGACACUAAGGAGUUGAAAUACAUUGGAGAGUUAGAGUAUAAUUUUGAUAAUAUGCUGAGUCUCAUUCAAACCUAGAGACACUCUGAAUUUUUGGAAUUGCAGUCCCUUAUUGAUUAAAACAUUAAUGAUACCUAAGUGUACUAGAACUAAGAGAAGACUAGAAAAAUUCUGUUUUCAGAGAUUAAUAACCUCAAAACAAAAUGCAAACUUGAAAUUGACAGUAGAAGACAGGCUGACGAGGAUAUAAGUGAGGCUUUGGAUAAGUAUCAUGAGAUUAUUUCUAAAGAGGUUGAAAAUAAGAGGUAGGAGAUCAGACAAAAGAAUCAAUGA